CUACGCUAGAGAGGGAGUGGUCUUCCCCAGAGGAACCAGGAAGGAGAAGGAAAACACCUAGCUAACGACCAAAGCUAUCGGGCUAACAUCCAGUAGCGGUGGUAACAGCUCAGCUGCCUAAAUAAUUCUCUUCGUUGACCAGGUCGAGUCUUCUAAUAUAGGAUGGGGAAAGGCGGUGGCACAUUUGAGAGGCUAAUCGAUAAAGCUACCAGUCAGCUGCUACUUGAGACGGACUGGGAGUCGAUACUGCAGAUCUGUGACCUUAUUCGACAGGGAGACACACAAGCCAAGUAUGCUAUUGGUGCCAUCAAGAAGAAGUUGAACGACAAGAAUCCACAUGUUGCCCUAUAUGCAUUUGAGGUUCUGGAGUCGGUGGUGAAGAACUGUGGGCAGACUGUUCACGAUGAGGUGGCCAGCAAGCAGACCAUGGAGGAACUCAAGGACCUCAUUAAGCAGACCGAGCCGAACGUGCGCAACAAGAUCCUCUACCUGAUCCAAGCCUGGGCACACGCCUUCCGCAACGAGCCCAAGUACAAGGUCGUUCAGGACACGUACCAAAUCAUGAAGGUGGAGGGACAUGUGUUCCCGGAGUUCAAGGAGAGCGACGCUAUGUUUGCUGCUGAAAGGGCCCCAGACUGGGUGGACGCUGAGGAGUGCCACAGGUGCAGAGUUCAGUUUGGCGUUAUGACUCGAAAGCACCAUUGCCGGGCCUGUGGUCAGAUUUUCUGUGGAAAGUGUUCCUCUAAGUACUCCACCAUCCCCAAGUUUGGGAUUGAGAAGGAAGUGCGCGUCUGCGAGCCCUGCUUUGAACAUCUGAACAACCACCCCUCCCUCUCUCCCCCGCCUAGGAAAGCCGAGGGGGGGAAGGCCAGCGCCACCGCCGGGCCGGCGGAGCUGCCGCCCGAGUACCUGACCAGCCCACUGUCCCAGCAGUCUCAGGUAGUGGUCCAGGAAACAAUGCCCCCCAAGAGAGACGAGGCAGCUCUGCAGGAGGAGGAGGAGCUGCAGCUGGCCAUAGCGCUCUCCCAAAGCGAGGCAGAGGAGAAGGAGAGGGCGAGGCAGAAGAACUCCUACACGGCGUAUCCCAAAGCCGAGCCCACCCCCGUGACCUCCUCGGCGCCUCCCGUCAGCACGCUGUACUCCUCCCCCGUGAACUCCUCUGCUCCGUCAGCUGAGGAAGUGGACCCAGAGCUGGCCCGAUACCUGAACCGGACCUACUGGGAAAAGAAACAGGAAGAGACCCGCAAGAGUCCCACCCCCUCGGCCCCGGCUCCCGUCCCAUUGGCUGAACCCCCGCCGCCAAUCGCUCAGCCGGUGGAAACUCACCCUGUCCCUGUCCCUGUCCAGCCGGUCAACAUAGUGGAGGCCCCCCAGCCGCAGUACCAGAACGGAGAGUCCGAGGAGAACCACGAGCAGUUCCUGAAGGCCCUGCAGAACUCGGUCACCACCUUCCUGAACCGCAUGAAGAGCAACCACAUGCGCGGGCGCAGCAUCACCAACGACAGCUCGGUGCUCUCGCUCUUCCAGUCCAUCAACAACAUGCACCCCCAGCUGCUGGACAUCCUCAACCAGCUGGACGAGAAGAGAUUGUACUACGAGGGUCUGCAGGACAAGCUGGCCCAGGUGCGCGACGCGCGGGCGGCGCUCAACGCCCUGCGGGACGAGCACCGGGAGAAGCUGCGGCGGGCGGCGGAGGAGGCGGAGCGCCAGCGGCAGAUCCAGCUGGCCCAGAAGCUGGAGAUCAUGAGGCAGAAGAAGCAGGAGUACCUGGAGAUGCAGAGGCAGCUGGCCAUCCAGCGCCUCCAGGAGCAGGAGAAGGAGCGCCAGAUGCGUCUGGAGCAACAGAAGCACACCAUCCAGAUGCGCGCCCAGAUGCCUGCCUUCUCCCUGCCCUAUGCCCAGAUGCAGUCCUUGCCCCCCAACGUGGCGGGGGGCGUGGUGUACCAGCCCGGGGCCCCGCCCAGCUACCCCGGGACGUUCAGCCCCGCGGGCUCGGUGGAGGGCUCCCCCAUGCACAACGUCUACAUGGGCCAGCCGGGCCAGAACCCCCCCGGACAGUACCAGGCCAUGCCGCCCGCAGAUCCCAAUAUGGUCAACGCGUAUAUGUACCAGACUGCGGGAACCAACGGCCAACCCGCACCUCCUGGCCAGGCCCCGCCCACAACGUCCCCGCCCUACUCUAGCUACCAGCCGACGCCCACGCAGGGCUACCAGAACGUAGCCACCCAGCCGCAGAGCGUCCCCAACAUGCCCCAGUCGGCCCCCACCAACGGGAUGGCCUACAUGGGCUACCAGCAGUACGGUAUGCCGGGCAUGAUGGCAGCCCUGCCGGGUCAGGAUCCCAACAUGGCCCCCCAGCAGCCCUACAUGGCGGGCCAGCAGCCCAUGUAUCAGCAGAUGGCGCCCCCUGGUGGACCGCAGCAGCAGGGGCAGCAGCAGCAGCCCCAACAGGUCGUGCCCGGUAGUGCAGAAGCACAGCUCAUCUCCUUUGACUGACCAUCGCAACACUGCCAUGCCCCCAAACAACAACAACAACAACAACAACAACACACUACUACACCUUCUCCCUCCGGUCCUCUCCUCCCCCCUUUCCUUCCUUGGACUCCCAGCGCUGCCAUCGGGAAACAACACAAGGCUCGUCCUAUACGCUCCAUCCCGCUGUGACGUCGUGGCAACGUGAAAAUGUCGUGAAGAUGUCGCAGGACUCUCUGUCUUGCCCGCCUUUUCUUACUCACCCAACCGCGCAAAGGAGAGUGGGUGAGGAAAGGGUCUCUCUCUCUCUCUCUCUCUCUCUCUCUCUCUCUCUCUCUCUCUCUCUCUCUCUCUCUCUCUCUCUCUCUCUCUCUCUCUCUCUCUCUCUCUCUCUCUCUCUCUCUCUCUCUCUCUCUUCCCCCCCCCCCCCCCCCGACAUGUAUGUAUCUAUUUCAUAUUAUUAAACAAAUUGCGGCUAAAUAGUCGGAUAUAAGAAAAAAUUAAACAAUGGAAUUGAGAUUUGAGUGGGGGGAGGAGGAAAAUAGCAUGUAACAAAUGCUAUCUCGUAUUUUUCUAAAGCGAAAUGCACGUGUGUUUAUCUGCAAUGGGAGCGAGUAUUGCGCCUCGUUCUGACACCAUCGUGGUGGAGGUUAGUUGUAUCUGGAGUUCAAAAGACCCGCUGUAAUGUUGGUGAAUGAGAAAUUGUCAGAGGAGAGUUGUCAAACGCUGAUCCCUCCUCGACUUAACAUUUUGAGUCAACAUUCCACUGUGGUAACCUCUCAUAUAUUCCCAAACACAUGCAGUCAAGGCAAAGCCACACCGAUCUGGCAGUUGACUUUGGGGAAAAAGGCCAUAGGUUAUUAAUAACAUGCUGCAAGGGGCCUUUAACGGGAAUCAUGAUAUGAAGAGAACAUGACGUAAGUAGUGAAAAGUAUGCUGAUCGGCCAUGUUGUAUAAGUACUAUAGCUGCAACGACCCAACAUCCUUUCCCCAGCUAUAACAAUGUGCUUUGUUUUAAUUGAGAUAGCUUGUGUUGCCUGAUUCAAAAGCACCGAGUCAUAACAAGAUAUAUAUCCCACCUACUGCAUUAUCUGUUUAACAAUUGGACAUAGGUUUUUAACACUUAAAAUCAGCGAUGGAUGUUUGCUUUUGUUUUAUGUUAUGUUCAUGGGGUCUCUUAAAAAGCAUAACAUGCUAGGUUGGAUGAGGUGGGGUGGUGCAUGUGUGUAACAUACACUCACACACACACGCUGAUUUCUGUAAUUCUUAAUUGCCAUCUGUGAUCUUUUAUUCUCAAUCUGUCUGAUUUCAAAGUAAUUUUACGAUUUUAUUUAAUAAAUAUCUUGUCGUCCA